AUGUCCCGGGAGCACGACCAGUUCGUCGGCGCAACGCUCGCCUGCCCAAGGGGACUCAGGCACGUGCUGUGCCUUUUCCGCCCCGACGACGAGACGCAUCUGCGGGAUCCCACGCGCCCAAUCGCGCGUGUGGACACGCUGUUCGCCGUGGGCGACGGAUUGAGCGGCUACCGCGACAUCGUCCACGGCGGCAUGACCAUGACCAUGGCAGACGAAAGCAUGGGCACCGUCAACGAGAUCAACACCGCGCUGGGCAAGUACGGGCUCGUCCACAAGCUGAGCAGCUUGACGGCCUCCCUGGAGAUCAAGUUCUUGCGGCCCGUGCCCGCCCCGGGCGUGGUGUGGGUGACGUCCUGGACGGAGAGCAUCCAAGGGCGGAAGACCAAGGUGAGGUGCGAGGUCAAGGAUGGGCAGGCCGCCGUUCUGGCUACAGCCGCCAGCACGUGGGUGGCCCUCCAGCCCAGUUUGUAG